ACAGAGAUGAAAAAGAGGAAGGGAGACCAGGAGGAGGAGGAGAAGGAGGAGGAGGGCAGGGAAACGAGGAGGGCCACAGCAGCAGGUACCCCCACAGCAGCAGCGGCAGCGGUAGACGAAGGGUUAUGGUAAUUACCGCACACCCAGAUGACGAGGUGAUGUUUUUUGGUCCAACGAUCCUUCAUUUUACGAGGCAGGAGGGAGCCCUAGUGUACCUGCUGUGUAUGUCGACAGGAAACUAUUAUGGCCAAGGGAAGGUCCGGACGCGAGAACUCCUGGCCAGCUGUCGCCUCCUUGGUUUAGAGAGUGAUAAUGUUAUUCAGUAUAGAUGUGACGACCUUCCUGACCACCCAGACGUCUUGUGGCCCACUGUCCACACCGCUAACCUCAUCAACCACCACAUCCAUGCCCUUGAUGUGGAUAUGGUGGUGACCUUUGACAUGGGUGGGGUCAGCGGCCACUCCAACCACUCAGCGCUGUUCUUUGCCCUACAGCAUCUGGUGGAGAGGGAAGUGCUGCCCCCUAGAUGUGAAGCUUACUCCCUUGACACGGUUGGGAUGGUUCGUAAAUAUUCCUCCCUUCUAGAUGUUCCGAUCAGCUACUCUUUGUCCUCCUGUGCCUUCACUGUGGACAGGAAACAUCAUACUAUUCUACAGAGGGCCAUGCGUGCGCACUCCUCGCAGUACGUGUGGUUCAGGAGGCUGUACAUGUACUUUAGCCGCUAUGUCUUAAUUAACACCCUUUCUCGCAUCACCCCAUAGCCCUGCCACACCCCCGUGCCCCCUACAGUACGUGGUGGUGGUGGUGGUGGUGGUAGUAGUUGGUUUUAGGGCAUUAAUGUAGUGUUGGGCUAUAAUCUGUGGUUUUCCGGUUCGUUUGGGCUAUUUUUUUGGGGUCUUGGUUAGUGUUGGGCUGGUUUUGAAGUUUUGCGGUUCAUUUGGGCUGUUUUUUUUGGGUGUCGGUUGUAAGUAGUUGGGCUGGUUUUGAAGUGUUUUGGGCGGUUUUCUUUCGGUUAGCUAGUGUUGGGCUAGUUUUUAAGGGUAUUUGGGCUGGUUUUAAGUGCUUUUGGGCUGUUUUGGUUGAGCUUUGUAAGUUUUGGGCUGUUUUGUUUAGAUUAGCUGGUGUUGGGCUAGUUUUUAAGGGCAUUUGGGCUGAUUUUGUGUUUGUUAGCUAGUGUUGGGCUAGUUUAAGGAGACUUGGGCUGCUUUCACGUAGUUUGGGCGGUUUUAUUUGGGUGAACUAGUGUUGGGCUAGUUUUAGGAGACUUGGGCUGGUUUCACGUAGAUUUGGGCGGUUUUGUUUGGGCUAGUUUGUGACUUGGGCUAGUUUUACGUAGUUUUGGGCGGUUUUUUGGCUGUGUUUUUGUGUGUGUUGGGUGAGGCUGUGCUUGUCGUUGUGUGCGUGCGUGCGUGUGUGCGUGUGUGUGUGUCUUUAAGCAAAUUAGGGUUACAAUUUCCAGUUUUUUACAUAAUUUUCAUGAAAAGGGUGUAGAAAAUCUAGAGGCCUAUACCAGGUAGGCUGUGUAUGUGACGUGCUUGUAUAAAAAAAAAUAAAUUGCACUUUGAGUACUUCCAAGGUCACGGAGGAAGCUAGCAGGGUUUUCAAGAGUGUUCCUCCUGUUAAUUAUGUAGAAAUGUUGUUAAUCUGCCACUAGAAUCGUAAAAACACCCUUUAAAACCCUUGCAACUUCAACUAGAGCCUUUGGAAUGUAGAAAUGUUGUUAAUCUGCCACUAGAACCGUAAAAACUCCCUUAAAAACCCUUGCAACUUCAACUAGAGCCUUUGGAAUGUAGAAAUGUUGUUAAUCUGCCACUAGAACCGUAAAAACAUCCCUUAAAAACCCUUGCAACUUCAACUAGAGCCUUUGGAAUGUAGAAAUGUUGUUAAUCUGCCACUAGAACCGUAAAAACUCCCUUAAAAACCCUUGCAACUUCAACUAGAGCCUUUGGAACGUAGAAAUGUUGUUAAUCUGCCACUAGAACCGUAAAAACACCCUUAAAAACCCUUGCAACUUCAACUAGAGCCUUUGGAAUGUAGAAAUGUUGUUAAUCUGCCACUAGAACCGUAAAAACACCCUUAAAAACCCUUGCAACUUCAACUAGAGCCUUUGGAAUGUAGAAAUGUUGUUAAUCUGCCACUAGAACCGUAAAAACAUCCUUAAAAACCCGCGUCACUUCAACUACAGCCUUUGGAAGUCAGUGGGAGUCUGGCAGUUAAGAGAGAGAGAGAGAGAGAGAGAGAGAGAGAGAGAGAGAGAGAGAGAGAGAGAGAGAGAGAGAGAGUAUAUAAGGUUGAUUCAGGCACCCACCCACACUAUAUACUAGUCCAUACAGUGAUGAUUGGCUGGCUAGGGGGUGUUUAGUUUAGUCUACCCCGCUCACAGCUACGUUUUCUAUGCAAGCCAAAUUGUAGUGAUAGAAAAUGUACUUAAAUAAUAAUAAUGAUAAUAAUAAUAAUAAUGAUAAUAAUAAUAGCGAGUUUUAGCUAGAAUAUUAAGACAACGAAAAAAUAUAUAUGUAGUGCAUUUAGAUAAUAGAAGUUUUUAUUGAAGUUUGUUUCGAGUUAGAGAGAGAGAGA